UGGGAAUGUUUUUUUCAUUUCAUAUCUCAAAUUGCAAGAUGAAAGGUCAAAUCACGCUUUUCAAAUAAACAUUCAGAACAUAUUUAUCUAAACACUAGAGAGUUUAUUUAAUUUAUGAAAUUGAUGAGGGUAUAUUACUUCGAAAAUAAGCAAUUUAAUAAAUAAAAACAGUGUGUUUUGAGAUAAGUUACUAAGAAAGUGAUAAUUUAACUUUCUUGUUUAUCUGUAGACAAAUAAGUGCAGUAUUUUUUUUAUUAAUUCGAAAACAUCAAUCAUUAAUUUAAAUAACAAACUCAAUUAUCAAUAAAAUAAAAUAUAUUGGCGAAAUAAUGAAUACGAUAAAUAUUAUUUAUUACAAAAUACAAGGUUAUAAUCUAUAAGAAAGAAUUGUGUCAUGAAAGUUGAUCAGUUAGUAAGUAGCUGCUACUGGAAGUAGUUAGGUAAAAAAAAAUUGAGGAAAUAUGAAUUUAACUGUUUUGACAAUAUUUUGUUUAACUUUUGCUACAUUCGUAUCAGUGUCUUCCCAGGCUUACAUAGGAGCCGCACCGGUUUGUUAUGGUAAUUCCUGUCCUGUAGAAACGACUCGAUGCAAAAAACAUAUAGAAUCUUCUGAUCAAGGGUAUUUACGAAUUACCAUAGAUUGUCUGGAUAUUGUUGGAGCUAGUUUGAAGGAAUAUUACUUCCAAGAACCAAGUUCUUUGAAUCCGUAUACUAAGUACGAGAGUACUUCUUACUCGGAUAUUACAACUAAUUCAAAUCUACCUUUAUGGAAAGGGAAUGAAUUCGAAAACUUAAGACAUAAUGGUUACUUUUAUUGAUUGUAUAAAAUUGAUUUGAAAUAAACGCCAAUAAGUUAUUUUUAGAAAUAAGUUUUCCAAAAAAUGUUCAAACCAAUAUUUGGUAUUUAAUAAUUAUAAUAAUGUAUGAAUAAACUCUAUUAUUUAAUUAGUUUUAUUGAAAUAAAUAUACUGCUCUUGAUAA